GCGCGCCAUGGAGAAACCGUGGAAGUGUGGGGAUUGCGGGAAAGGAUUCCGCUACCCGUCCAUGCUGGAGAUCCACCGCCGUGUCCACACCGGGGAGAGGCCGUUCAGCUGCUCUCAGUGCGGGAAGGGCUUCACCCGGCUGUCCAUCCUGCUGACCCACCAGCGUUUCCACACCGGGGAGAGGCCGUUCGCCUGCUCCGAGUGCGGGAAGGACUUCAGCGACUCCUCCAGCCUGCUCAAGCACCGGCGGGUCCACACCAGGGAGCGGCCCUUCACCUGCUCCGUCUGCGGCAAGGGCUUCACCCAGUCGUCCAACCUAUUCUCGCACCAGCGGGUCCACACCGGCGAGCGGCCGUUCAGCUGCUCGGUCUGCGGCAAGAGCUUCACCCAGUCAUCCAACCUGCUGACCCACCAGCAGGUCCACACCGGGGAGCGGCCCUUCACCUGCUCGGUGUGCGGCAAGGGCUUCACCCACUUGUCCACCCUGCUGCGGCACCAGCAGGUCCACACCGGGGAGGGGGCCUUCACCUGCCUGAAACCGUGGAAGUGUGGGGAUUGCGGGAAAGGAUUCCGCUACCCGUCCAUGCUGGAGAUCCACCGCCGUGUCCACACCGGGGAGAGGCCGUUCAGCUGCUCUCAGUGCGGGAAGGGCUUCACCCGGCUGUCCAUCCUGCUGACCCACCAGCGUUUCCACACCGGGGAGAGGCCGUUCGCCUGCUCCGAGUGCGGGAAGGACUUCAGCGACUCCUCCAGCCUGCUCAAGCACCGGCGGGUCCACACCAGGGAGCGGCCCUUCACCUGCUCCGUCUGCGGCAAGGGCUUCACCCAGUCGUCCAACCUAUUCUCGCACCAGCGGGUCCACACCGGCGAGCGGCCGUUCAGCUGCUCGGUCUGCGGCAAGAGCUUCACCCAGUCAUCCAACCUGCUGACCCACCAGCAGGUCCACACCGGGGAGCGGCCCUUCACCUGCUCGGUGUGCGGCAAGGGCUUCACCCACUUGUCCACCCUGCUGCGGCACCAGCAGGUCCACACCGGGGAGGGGGCCUUCACCUGCCUGGUCUGCGGCAAGGGCUUCCCCCACUCGUCCGGCCUCCAGAUCCACCAGCGGGUCCACACCGGGGAGAGGCCGUUUACCUUUCCCGAGUGCGGCAAGGGCUUCAGCGACUCCUCCAACCUGCUGUCGCACCGGCGGCUUCACAGUGGUGAGCGCUCUUUCAUCUGCUCCGUCUGCGGCAAGGGCUUCACCCGGCUGACCAACCUGCGGACGCACCACCGGGUCCACACCGGGGAGAGGCCAUUCACCUGCCCCGUCUGCGGGAGGGGCUUCACUCAGUCCCAGCACCUGCUGCGGCACCAGCGGGGGCACAAGUGA